CCUCGGAGAGUACACAAGCAAACGUAGUCACCUCGCCGCAAACACCAGUGCAACUCCUCCCAGUUGAGCUCGCGAGCUACACUCCAAGCUCCACUCAUGGCUCUGCAGGCUGCACUCCUCCCUUGCACUCUCUCCGUCCCCAACCCCAAGAAGGGCAGCUUGGGCGCGGUGGUGAAGGACACGGCGUUCCUUAGCGUCACCCAAAAGAAGCUGCAGGUGCCGUCGCUUUCGGUGAGAGCGCAGGUGGCGACGGCGCCCGUGGCCACCCCGGGGUCCAGCACGUCGGUGGCGGACCGCAAGAAGACGCUGCGGCAGGGCGUUGUGGUGAUCACGGGCGCGUCGUCCGGGCUCGGCCUGGCCGCCGCGAAGGCGCUGGCGGAGACGGGCAAGUGGCACGUAGUGAUGGCGUGCCGCGACUUCCUCAAGGCGGCCAAGGCGGCCAAGUCGGCGGGGAUGGCGGAGGGCAGCUACACCAUCAUGCACCUCGACCUCGCCUCCCUCGACAGCGUCCGACAGUUCGUCGAAAGCUUCCGUCGCUCCGGGAUGCCGCUCGACUCGCUCGUCUGCAACGCCGCCAUCUACCGCCCCACGGCGCGGACGCCGACGUUCACGGCGGACGGGUACGAGAUGAGCGUGGGCGUGAACCACCUGGGCCACUUCCUCCUGGCGCGGCUGCUCCUCGACGACCUCAACAAGUCCGACUACCCUUCGCGGCGGCUCAUCAUCCUGGGCUCCAUCACGGGCAACACCAACACGCUGGCGGGCAACGUGCCGCCCAAGGCCGGGCUGGGCGACCUCCGCGGGCUCGCCGGCGGGCUGCGCGGGCAGAACGGGUCGGCGAUGAUCGACGGCGCGGAGAGCUUCGACGGCGCCAAGGCGUACAAGGACAGCAAGAUCUGCAACAUGCUGACGAUGCAGGAGCUGCACCGGCGGUUCCAUGAGGAGACGGGCAUCACGUUCGCGUCGCUGUACCCAGGGUGCAUCGCGACGACGGGGCUAUUCCGCGAGCACAUCCCGCUGUUCCGGCUGCUGUUCCCGCCGUUCCAGAAGUUCAUCACCAAGGGGUUCGUGUCGGAGGCGGAGUCCGGCAAGAGGCUGGCGCAGGUGGUGAGCGACCCUAGUCUCACCAAGUCCGGCGUGUACUGGAGCUGGAACAAGGACUCGGCGUCGUUCGAGAACCAGCUGUCGCAGGAAGCCAGCGACCCGGAGAAGGCCAGGAAGCUUUGGGAGAUCAGCGAGAAGCUCGUCGGCCUCGCCUGAGCUAGCUGACGUACGUUGGCGGACGGACGUCGUCGGCGGGCCGGGGUGACAACUCCGUCGAGCAGGGAAGGGAUCAGCAGGGCAGCUUUAAUUUGCUCCGUUGUUUGAUGUGCACGAUCAGUAGUAACCUUUGUGUUUAGGAGCUGGUGAUGAGACCAUGCCUGUCAUUAUCUACGAGCAGAUCGAUCUCGUGCGCUGUACAAUUCUUUUUCACAAGCCAUGGAAUAAAAUAACAGGCUUAAGUUGA